UUUUGUUUCUCCCUCUUUCUCUCUCUCUUCUCAAGGUUCUCUUUGUCCCUUAUCGUUUCUCACCUUCUCACUUUCUUCCCUAUACGCACAAUUUCUUCCUCCUCCUCACAAAAAACCACAACCAUAUUCAGACUCUGAAACCAGCACAACACACCACACCACUCUCUCUCUCCGCUGCAGAAGAACGAGGACUCUCUUUUUCGAAGGAGCUUAGGAAUCUGCAACCAUGGCUCUCUCCUCCGCACUCUCUCUACACGCUUCGAUCUGAACCGCCGCCUCUUGAAGUUAUAUUAUUCUUCCUUCUUUCUUUCUCUCUCUCUCUCCUUCCUCCUUGUGAAACACGAAGGCUUGGUUUGGUUUGGCUUUCUCUUUGUAUAUUCUGCGCCGUUUCUUUUGGCUUUUUCUGGUUUUGAGGCUCCGUUUUGUUGCCGUGGCGGAAGCCAUAGACUAGAUUGCUUUGCGCGGCGGCGAUUUCGUUGCCGCGUGUGGUUUCUUGUCCGAUCUGUGGACGGGGAAGCUUGCGAAUCGGCCUUCUCUUUUAUGUAUUUGUUGCCCUCUGGGAACCCUAGAUUCGUCGGCGGUGCUGUGAAAUUUCUGUGGCGAUUGUUUUUGUUUUGAAUCUGGUGGUUUGAGGUUCUGUAGAUUCGGGUUUGGUGCGGUGAAUACGGUUUUCCGUUGGUUUUUGCGUUGGAUGCCGAUGCUAUUGGGUUGAUUUUUGAUGCCUCCUGAACCGUUGCCUUGGGAUCGGAAGGACUUCUUCAAGGAGAGGAAACACGAGAGGUCUGAGUCUCUGGGCUCCGUUGCCAGAUGGAGAGAUUCCUCUCACCACCGCGACUUCCACCGUUGGGGAUCCGCCGAGUUCCGCAGACCUCCGGGUCAUGGUAAGCAGGGCGGUUGGCACGUGUUUUCUGAAGAUUCUGGUCAUGGGUAUGGGAUUUCACGGUCAAGCAGUGAAAAGAUGCUGGACGAAGAUUGCCGGCCAUCGGUGUCUCGUGGGGAUGGAAAAUAUGGCCGGGGCAGUAGAGAAAAUAGAGGGCCGUUUGGGCAGAGAGAUUGGAGAGGACAGUCGUGGGAAACAACCAAUGGUUCUAUGAAUUUACCAAGAAGGCCCCCGGAUGUGAAUAAUGAUCAUAGGUCAGUUGACGACAACCUAACAUAUUCCGCUCAUCCACAUUCUGAUUUUGUAAACACUUGGGAUCCACACCACUUGAAAGACCGGCAUGAUAAGAUUGGUGGUGCCAAUGGGUUCGGAACAGGCGCAAGAAGUGAUAGAGAAAAUUCUCUGGCUUCAAUUGACUGGAAGCCACUUAAAUGGACCCGAUCUGGAAGCUUGUCGUCGAGAGGCUCUGGUUUUAGCCACUCGAGUAGCUCAAGGAGCGCGGGAGGGGCAGAUUCCCAUGAAGCAAAGGCCGAGUUACAUCCCAAAAACGCAACUGUUAAUGAGUCACAUUCAGGGGAAGCUGCUGUGUGUGUUACAUCUUCUGCACCAUGUGAAGAUACAACUUCCAGAAAGAAGCCGAGGCUAAACUGGGGAGAGGGACUUGCAAAGUAUGAGAAGAAAAAGGUUGAAGUGCCAGAUGGAAGUGCCAACAAAGAUGGACCUGUCUUGUCUAAUGGUAGUAUUGAACCUUGUGCUUUCCCCGGUUCCAGCUUAGUAGAUAAAAGCCCAAAAGUUACAGGAUUCUCAGACUGUGCAUGUGCAUCUCCUGCAACUCCAUCUUCGGUUGCCUGCAGUUCCUCCCCAGCAGGUGUGGAUGAUAAGUUAUUUGGAAAACCUGCAAAUGUAGACAAUGAUGUUAGUAAUUUGACUUGUUCUCCUGUUCCUGGAUCCCAAGACCAUUUUCAGAGGUUUUCUUUUAAUUUAGAGAAAUUGGAUAUUGAAUCCUUGAAUAGUCUGAAUUCUUCAAUUAUUGAGUUGAUACAAUCUGAUGAUACAAGUUAUGUGAAUUCUGGUCCAAUGAGGUCCACUGCAAUGAAUAAGUUACUGAUAUGGAAAGCCGACAUUUCAAAGGUAUUGGAGACAACCGAAUCUGAAAUUGAUUCACUUGAAAAUGAACUGAAAUCUCUAAGAUCUGCAUCUGGGGAUAGAGGUUCAUAUCCAGCUGUUUUGGGCUCACAGAUGGUUGGCAACAAUGAAAAUCCUUUUGAAGUACCUGUUGGUGUCUCUGAUGAAGUUACUCGGCCAGAACCUUUGAAAAUUCUUUCUUCUGACGACCCUGAUGCUGAGAAAUUGCCCCUUUUAACCAACUUAAAUAGUAUUCAUGAGAAUGGAAAGGAAGAGGACAUUGAUAGUCCUGGUUCAGCAACAUCUAAAUUAAGUGAGCCUCCGCCUUUGGUUAAAGCAGUUUCGUCAAGUGAUACAAGGAGAUAUGAUACCUUCUUGGAGGAUGCCAAUGCUGGUCAGUCUAAUGGCAUGAAAUGCUUAAUUCCCUGUACUACAAGGAAGUAUCCUAGUAACUCUGCUUGCAGUGAUGUCAAUGCGUCUUCGGAAGUGCCAGAUAGCAUUAUUACUGCCUCUGGUGCGAGCUUACGUUCUAGCACUGAGGAUAGUUUAUAUAAGAAAAUUAUUUCUUCCAACAAAGAAUUGGCAAAAAGUGCAUGUGGAGUAUUUGCUAAGUUAUUGCCCGACGGAUAUACUAAAAUUGAUAAGGUAGGGGCCACCAGUGACUUGUGCUCUCAGACAUCCAUUAUGGAGAAGUUUGCUGAGAAAAAGCAGUUUGCAAGAUUUAAAGAGAGAGUUAUCACACUUAAGUUCAAAGCCCUGCAUCACCUGUGGAAGGAAGAUAUGCGGCUACUGUCUAUAAAGAAAUGCCGGCCAAAAUAUCACAAGAAACAUGAACUAAGUGUGCGGUCUACCUUUAAUGGUAAUCAGAAGAACCGGUUCUCCAUUCGAUCUCGUUUUCCCUUACCUGCAGGAAAUCAUCUGAGCCUGGUUCCAACAGCCGAGGUGAUUAAUUUUACAAGAAAACUGCUCUCAGAACCUCAAGUUAAAAUUCACAGGGAUGCCCUGAAGAUGCCAGCAUUAGUCUUGGAUGAGAAGAUCCCAAAGUUCAUAUCUAGUAAUGGGCUUGUCGAAGAUCCAUUGGCUAUUGAGAAGGAAAAGGCUUUGAUUAAUCCUUGGACAUCAGAAGAGAGAGAAAUUUUCCUGGAAAAAUUUGCUGUCUUUGGAAAAGAUUUUCGGAAGAUCGCUUCUUUCCUUGAUCACAAGACAACUGCUGACUGUGUUGAGUUCUAUUACAAAAAUCAUAAAUCGGAUUGUUUUGAAAAACUUAAGAAGCAGCAGAAGUUAGGGAAGUCAUUUUUAGCCAAAACUGACUUGGUAGCAUCGGGUAAAAAAUGGAACCAUGAAGCGAAUACUGCUUCACUUGACAUUUUGAGUGCUGCUUCAGUGAUGGCUGAUGGUUUUGCAUGUAACAAGAAAAUGCGUCCUGGGAACUUCCUUAUGGGUGGAUAUGUUAAUGUGAAAGCCUCAAGGGUUGAUGAUAGCAUCAGAGAAAGAUCAAGCAGCUUUGACAUUCUUGGGGAUGAGAGGGAGACUUUUGCUGAUGUAAUGGCUUCAUCCGAGGCCAUGAGUUUCUGUGGGACAAGUUCAGUUGAACCUGUAGAAGGUAGCCGAGAUAGUAGGCUGAUGCCUGAUACUGCUGAGAAUGUUGAUGACGAGACUUGUUCAGAUGAGAGCUGUGGUGAAAUGGAUCCUACUGAUUGGACAGAUGAUGAAAAGGCAGCUUUUAUACAAGCUGUAUCAUCUUUUGGUAGGGAUUUUGUGAAGUUAGCGCGAUGCAUUGGAACAAGGUCCCCAGAACAAUGCAAAGUUUUCUUCAGCAAGGCUCGAAAAUGCCUCGGAUUAGAUCUCAUGCGCCCUAUGCCUGAAAAUGUUGGAUCACCAGCAAAUGAUGGUGCAAAUGGUGGGGGUAGUGACACAGAUGAUGCUUGUGUUGUAGAGACAGGUUCAGUGGUUGGCACUGACAAGUCUGGCACUAAGACAGAUGAGGACCUGCCUUCAUCUGUCAUAAACACCUACCAUGAUGAAUCAGAUCCUGUGGAAGCUAGGAACCUGGCAGCUGAAUUAAAUGAGCCUAAAGAGGAAGAUGAUACAGUAGUCGAUCAUGAAGAUGCAAACUUGGUUAGCGAUGGGGUUGUCUUGUACAAUUCUGUUAAGUCUGGUUCAGUCAAUGGGCAGGCUCCUAUAGUUAUGACAGAAAGCACAACAGUUGGAAAAGACAAAGCCAUUAAAUUCGGGGGUGCAGACUUGGUGUCUAUUUCUGCCCUCGACACAACUGAACCAUGUGAGAGGAGUUUGGCUGGUCAGGAUAAUGUAGUUACUGAAGUUUCUUCUGGGGUUCUUGGAAGUGGAUUGGAGAGUCAAAGUGUUCCUUCAACUCAAUGUCUUGAUGAUAGAGGGGAUAAACUGGUGGCUGUUACAGCUGUUGGAAUUGAACUGAAAAGCUCGGUUCAGGAUUCAUGUACUACUACAGUAAAUGCUUCAGUCUCAUCUGUGGGCAAUUCUUGUUCAGGAUUGAGUUUUGAUACUGAAAGUAAGCAUAUGUCCCUUGGAAAGCCUGUCUCUGCAUUAUAUGUUGAGGAUCUUCAUGCAACUGCAAAUUCAUUGUCACAAAAUGCUUCUGUUUCAGCCGUUGUUCAAUGUGAGAAAACAGCUACUCAGGAUCAACUGUCCUGUACUACUGAGACUCCAGGUGGGAGAAAUUUGCAGUGUCAUAAUCCCAUCAGCAAUGGUGACCAUCAGCUUCCUGUGCCUGGGAAUCGCGUGGAUCGUGCCGACAGCAUCCUCCAUGGUUAUCCUUUGCAAAUGGCCAUUAAGAAAGAAGUGAAUGGAGAUAUAAAAUGCAGCAGUUCAGCAAAUGAGUUGCCCCUUCUAUCCCGAAAAGAUGAACAAGAUGAUCAUUUCAAAGCAAGGUUAAGCUAUUCGUCAGAUUCGGAAAAAACAUCCAGAAAUGGUGAUGUGAAAUUAUUUGGGAAGAUAUUAACCAAUCCUUCAUCCACACAGAAACCUAAUUUGACCACCAAGUCAUGUGAAGAAAAUGGCAUCCAUCAUCCCAAAUCUAGCAGCAAGCUUUCAAGUUUGAAAUAUGCUGAUGGAAAUUUCAAGAUGUUGAAGUUUGAACGAGACGACUGCAGUGAGUAUCUUGGCCUUGAAAAUGUCCCCUUGCGGAGCUAUGGUUACUGGGAUGGGAACCGAAUACAGACUGGUCUCACAUCAUUGCCUGAUUCUGCCAUCCUGCUAGCAAAGUAUCCAGCUGCCUUCAGUAAUUAUCCGUCUUCUUCAGCCAAAUUGGAGCAGCAGUCGUUCCAUGCAUUUGGUAAGAAUAAUGAAAGGCACCUGAGUGGGGCUCCUGCUUUUACAGCUAGGGACAUGAAUGGCAGUAAUGCUGUGAUUGAUUAUCAGAUGCUUAGAAGUAGGGAUGGUUCUGUGGUUGAUGUAAAGCACUGCCAAGACGUGUUCUCUGAGAUGCCACGGAGAAAUGGGUUUGAAGCAAUCUCAAGUUUGCACCAGCAGCAGCAAGGCAGAGGAGUGGUGGGAAUGAAUAGUGGUGGUGUUGGAGGAACGGGGAUUGUGGUUGGAUCAUGCAGCGGUGUCACGGAUCCUGUGGCAGCCAUAAAAAUGCAUUACUCUAAUUCUGACAAGUAUGGUGGUCAAGCUGGGAAUAAUAUCAGCAGCAGAGAAGAUGAAUCUUGGGCUGGAGGGAAAGGGGACUUAGGGAGGUAGUAGAUGAUGUCAGCGGCAACUGUUUCUUUUUGCCGCUUCCUGUAUAAUAGUUUUUUUCUUCCUCCUUAAUUUUUUUUUUAAUUUGCUCAAUCAAUACAGUGUAGGGGCGGUUUAAUGGUUCUGAAGCCCGUCUUUUUUUUGGUAAAAUAUUUAGGUGCUUUUUAUGUAGCAGCUUUGUAUUUGUUGUAUUUGAUGAAAAUACAGAAAUAAUCCAAGGAAGUUAGGAGGGGCGAUUGCCAUUUGCCAUCCCUGCUCAUUCCCAUCACUUGCCUCACUGGAUGAAGCCUCGUUAGGUUUGGUGGGAUGUACUAAUUUAUUAUAGAUGAUAGAUGGUACUUUGUAACUUUCAUUAGGCCUCUUUUCUGAGGAAAUAGAAAUAGAGAUCGAAGGUUUUGUUUUGUCUGAGAAA